UAAGGCCAUCCAGCCGUUGGAUCUCACUGCCAACCGCAGAGGACUUGAUCAGCGUUAUGUCUUUCGGGAUUAUGUCCAAUCUCUGCAAUUUCUAUAUUCCUUUGACGGUUAGCUCUCCACAAACUCCCACCAUUUGGAGCGAAGUGAAACCCUUAGAAUCUAUGUUCGAACUUUAAUCCUCCGGAGUCGUAAAGACGAACCACUUCAGUUUCACUCAUGAACUGUACAGUUGUCACCUUCCCGACGGUAUCUCUUCAAUCCCUCUCCACAAAACCUACCGGUGGAACCCUAAUUUAUUUGAAUUAUGCGUCUCGAUUUCUUUCCCGGCAUUCAAGUUCUGAAUCAUCUGUUCCAUGGAAGAAAUCGAAAGCUUUUCUACCACUUGCUCUGAAGCGCAGGAAGUUCCAAAUCAGGUGCUCUAGAGACGGUGAUGGUGAGACAGGACAGUGGGGGAAGUGGGUUCCCAAAGGAGCUGUGGCGGAGAGGAUUUUGAGAUUAAUCUCUGGUGCAACUUCGAGUCCAAUUAGCCAGUAUGUGUCUUCGCCCACCACAUUUUUGCAUUCGGUGGAUCCCAGAACCAAACUGGUAUGGCUUCUUACUCUUGUUCUGUUGCCGGCAAGGUCACAUAUUCUCAUGCGCUUUGGAUUAGUUAUUUACCUAGCUCUUCUGUCUAUUUGGAUACUCCCGAAGAAUAUGUGGAUGGAUCAAUUGGGAAGAGUUGCCUUGCUUUCUGGGUUUUUAUUUCUAAUGUUGGGAUUGGGCUCAGAUGGUGUACCUCCACUUGUCCAGUCAAGAACCCCACCACCAGCAAUGAUAGGUUCUCCUAACAUUCCUUUAUCUUUGGGAGGUUAUUCUUAUGUUGUUAUGAAGCUAGGGCCGCUACAGCUUACAAGGAAAGGCCUAUCAGUGGCAAGCACAUCUGCAUGUUUAACCUUCACUAUCUUCCAAAGUGCAACCCUUUGUUUGACUACCACAACUCCAGAGCAGCUGGCUUCUGCUUUGCAGUGGUUUUUGCAACCUUUGGUUCUCAUUGGUGUUCCAGUUUCUGAAGUUAUCCUUACCCUAUUGCUCUCUUUGAGGUUUAUCAAUCUAGUGUUUGAUGAGGUCCGUAAUACUGCCUUAGGGAUUGUAGCGCGCAGGUUACAUUGGAAGCAGUUGACUGUAUUGGAAACAGUUGAUGUCUUCUUCAUGUACAUUCGUCGAAUCUUCAAAAAUAUUUUUAGCAAUGCUGAGCAGAUCUCUCAGGCAAUGAUUGUCAGAGGUUUUCGUGGGGACACCGAUUCUCACAAAAUUUACUUACCAAACUCACCCAUUGGAAUGGCAGAUUUUGUUUCAUUAUUGUGCCUUCUUGGUUUAGUUGGUGCCGCUGUUCUGUCUGAGUUCUUCCUAACCUAGUACCUAUCAACCACGCAGUUUGGCUUCUGGCUUAGAGCUGUCUACGGAAUUGGCUUCUUUUGGUUUCAGUGGAGAUGACGGUACAUUCAUAAGCUCAGACUGGUCCACCUGGGAUAUCAUGAUGAAAGCACUUGAGUGUCCUCUCUUACAGGGAAGAUUGCUCCACUGCUCCAAUCCUGGUCAUUGCACUGAAUGCGGAUUAGCAUAAUAGUUUGCAAAGAAUACAAGAAGGAAUUAGCAACUAUUUAUCUUAUUAUGAAAUGGCUGAUGCAUUGUUUCUGUGAAACUCACCGCAAAGUCGUCUUUAUUCAAUUUAUAUUUGCAUUUAUUUCUUUUUUACAUAAUUUAUUAUCCAUUUGAGUGUAAACUAGUAGAAACAGAGUAGAGUAUCAACUUUGCUUGAAACAUUUUUAUGGAAGCAUAUGAUCUUGGUCAGUAAAUAUCA